UUUUUUUUUAAAUCAAAAUGACAAAUAAAAUAGCAAAUCAUAAUUAUUCCAAAAGAACAAUUCCUAAAGAUGGUUUUAAAACAUUUGAUUCUUUUUAUCCAUAUUAUUUAUCUGAACAUUGUAAUCAAACAAAUCGACGUUUACAUCUUAUUGGAACAUCCAUUUCAAAUAUAUUAAUAAUUUUAUCUAUACUUCGAAAAAGACCUAAUUUAAUUUUGAUUGGUAUUAUUCAAGGUUAUGUAUGGGCAUGGAUUGGUCAUUUUAUUUUUGAGAAAAAUAAACCUGCUACUUUCAAAUAUCCUUUCUAUUCUUUGAGAGGUGAUUUCAAAAUGUGGGCAGAGGUUGUUUCUGGAAAGCGUACUUUUUAAUUUUAUUUUUUUUUUUAAAUAAAAAAAAAAAAUAUCAUACUUUUUUUCUUUUUUUC